UCCUUUGAUGUUCUGUGCGGUUUCUUCACCCGGGGAAAUCUAUGAAUAUGUAAGGGGGUUUGGCUUCAUUUUAUUUUUUUUUUUUGAGGAUAUAUACAUUAUCUAUGUUUAUUUUUUUAUCAUGUCGAGGUAAGUUCGUGCACCGGAAGUGCCACAAAUUUGCGUUAUAUCAAUGGCAAACUAAGGGAAAUUCUGGUCGAAAAUGUGGGGAAAAGGGCAGCUGCCCAGAAAUUUGCUAAUUGCUUCAUUAAAUGUUUGCCUAAUUUCGUUCGAAUUAGCUGUGUGUCCUGUAGUGUUUCACGUACACACAUACACAGGCACACAUAGCGUCUUAUUUGUGCUUAAUGACUGCCACUCGAAAUACCCAUUAAACCACCCAACCACCCAACUCCCCAUCUUCCUGCCAUCAUUAAGUGAAUCUCUUUUCCUCGGUUUCCUCGGCGUUCAACUGUUGUAACUGUUGCAGUCCAUCUUCUCGAAAUCAAAGGAAAAUUGACGAAAAGCGUUGCUUUAAGGCGAGCUUUUCACUCUCUUCAAAACAGUUUUAAUCCCACCAUAUUGAAAGAGAGUGAGCUAAGAGAGAUUGAAGAGAGUCGAAGAGAGCGGUGCGAUGAUAGUCGUGGGGCAAGGGGUUUGUUUUGCUUUCGGCUUAUUUAAAUGUUUUAAAUAGUUGCAAAGUGUUAGCUAGUGAUUAAAAGUUGUUCAAGUUUGUUUCUUUUUUAUUAUUUUUGUUCAUUCAUUCAAUCAAAAAAGAGUUAAAGUAAAUAAUUUUAUUUGUACUUAAACCACACUUAAACCACAUUUUUAAAAAUACUUUUAAACGAAAACGAUUAACAUUAAAACGUUUAAUAAUAUGACUUUCUUUUCUCCUUAACUUUUUUUAAACUUCAGUUAGUUUAUCCCUUAAUUAUUUUAAGCCGGCAAAAGCGUGAUCGGAAUGCUCACUUUAUCGCAACUUUUUUGCGAAUUUUACCUGUUCAAAACAUCAGAGCUUUUCCUUUUUCACCACUCGGGAAAGCGGGGGAAAGAGAGCGCGAAAGAGAAAAGGAACCGAAGAGAUUUUCCGAUACGAGUACCAUUCGGCUUUCCUUUCCGCUCUGGUAUUAGUGCACACACACACACACACACUAGCACACAUAGAAACACAGUCACACGGCGGAUGCUGACUGUUUGCAAAAAGAAAAUGGAACAGAAAGCACAACAACACAAAGUUGCCCGCCAUCUCUUCCUACUUCUUUGUGUGUGUGUGUGCGCGAUUUGUGCGUGUGUCAGUAUAUGGGUGUGUGUGCGUGUUCGUUUCUGCUCGGCAAAACGAACGCUUGUCUGCAGCACUUAUCUUCAUGGGAUAAAUCUCGCUGCUGGUCGCCGCAGUCUGUUUUCUAUACGGGCGUAAAGCGGUCGUCGAGCACGGUUAAAAGAAUGAAAAAAUUACCAUAACCAAAAAAGAAAAACAACAACAACAAAUAACGAAGAAUAAUAACAAAAUACCACAAAAACAAUAGCCAAAAAAAAAAAUUAAAAUAUCAUCACAGAAUAGGGGAUAUAAAAACAAAGCUCUAACGAGUGGCAAAUGCAAAUUAGAAGCAAAAGGAGUUGCACAAAUUGAGUUUCAAUUUCAAUUUCAGCCAAGGAUAAAACCCAACCCCUAGACGAAAAAGCGAUAUAAAAAACAAAAAACAAAAAAAAAAAAAAAAACACAACCAAGAAGCAUAAAAAACUCAUACAAAAGAGAAGCCAAAUGAGGGAAAAUGAAGUGCCAAAGUGUUGAAAAUAAAGCCAAAGCCAAGAGACGAAAUUGAAAUCGAGUAGAGGAAGGAAAGCGGAGAAUAAAAGGGUUUUCCAAUUCAGUUUUUUCGGUAUUUUCUUCGGUAACGCGCGCCUACUUCCGUUUCGUUUCGUUUCAUUCCGUUUCGUUUCGUUCCGCCGCGUUCUGUUUCGUACCGUUUCCGCUGCCGCUACCGCUACCGCUCCCGCUUCUGCUUCCGUUCCGUUUCGCUCGGCAAACAUUUAAAUGGCUACCAGCUGCUUAUGAUGGAGACAUUCCUCGUCCUGGGCCUGUGUUUCAUCCUGUACGAGGCAUUGGAUUUCUUUCAGGGCUGCAUACACAGCAACACCCCCUCGCCGAGCGACCAAAUCGAGGCCUAUCGCCGCGAACUCGACGAACAGCGACAGCAGCAGCAGCAGGAACAGUUCCUCGCUGGAUUGACGCCACUGCUGGGCGCUCAGUUUGCCGCUGCCGCAGCCGCGGCCGCCGCUGCCGCCGGUUCGCAGUCGACGCUGGGCAGCACGACCACGCCCACCGCCUCGACGGCCAGUGUGAUCAGUGAUUCGUACGACCAGGAGUCACAGUCGCAAUCUCAAUCGCAAUCGCAAUCGCAAUCGCAGUCGCAAAACCAACAGCAGUUGCAUUCACUGAGCACUCCGGGACUCUUUCGCCCGGCCGCCUUGGGCUACUACGAUCCGGAGGAUCCGUUGCAUGCCACUAACUCGCUGCCGCGCGAUUACUACUAUCUGCAGCAGCAGCAGCUGAAGAACAAGGUCAGCUCGCGCUCCCUGCUCUCCAAGUUCUCCUCGACCAACUCCGACAAUCGCAUCCAUCCCGAGACGGGCGCCGGUUCGGGACACAGUGUCCUGGGAGCAGCGGCUGUCAUCACCAGCCAACCCUUGCCGGCCGGCGAGAUUCCGCCCAGCCUCUUCGAUCAGCCAGGACAACCGGCGGUGGUCGCGCCCCUGCAACUUCAGCCACCCUCGCCGCUUUUCGUCGAGCUCAAGCGGGCCAUCAUUAGUCAGAAUCAGGGAAGCAUCCAGCGGGCGAAGCAACAAACAGAAGCAGUUGAGAAUUCCCAGUGUCCGCAGUGCGAGGAGGAGCAGAUCCAGUAUCUGGCUGAGAACCUAGACGAUCUUGUCGAGUCCGAGGAGCAGCAGUACUCGCCCGGCGAGGAGGAGGACGACGACGACGACGAGGAGAACGAUAACGAUAACGAUAACGAGGAGCUAUCUAACGAUAGAGAGGAGCAGCAUUCUUCGUACGUGGGUGGAGCCACCAGUGAGCCGGAUAUCUGCGCCGCCACGCGACAACAGCAGUUGGCCAGAAUCCAUCACAUCGCCAUCGACGAUUUUGCCACCGGACAGGAGCUCUCCAUUUCGGGCCACACGUUGGGCGCCAAUUCGCACGCCGACUUCAGGGAAAUCGAGUGCGAGCGACUGCGACGCAAGUGCGUUAGCGUUAAGCGCAUCUAUAGCAUAUCGGAGAAGUUCUAAUUCAAAUCAGACCACCACCACCACUCAGUCUCAAUCUCAAUCUCAAUUCGAUAUCUCAGCUCUCAUACCUGUACAGCCCUCACCAUAUUGCACUUCAAUCGAAAUAUAUAUCGAAAGAAACUAAACAAAAAGAAUCGAAUCAAAAUCGAAAAUCGAAAAUCGCCAAAUCAAAAGAUCACCAAUCGAAAAUCAAACCCAAAUCAAAUCGAAACCAAAAAAAAAACAAAAAAAUAAAAUCGAAGCAAAGCAAAAUCAGUUUUCAAAUUCAGCUCACCAACAAUCGAACCAAAUGCAACCAAAAUCACAAAAUUGCCCAAAGCGAAACACCCCACACAAGCUGCAAAAAAACCAUUCAACACAAUCGCACACGCGUGGUGUCCGAAGAGUACUAUUGAGUAAAAUGUGCGCAGACAGACUAAGAAAAACAAUAACCACAACAAAAACCAAACAGCUCGAGUGCAACUAAUCGAGAAAACAUAACGAAACAGCAAUCGGAAACGAUAUAUAAAAAGUACGAACAAAACACACAAGGAAAAAGAAAAAACCAACGAUUAUACCGAUAUACGAUAAGCGAUCAUCGAUCAGCGAUCGUCGAUAAACGAUAACCGACGAUACAUCCCGCCAUGGACUCGCUGGAGCGCCUGAUGCGAGCGGCGCCUCUGCCGCGAAUGCUCACCAGCGGCGUCGUGG